AUGGUUCCUCUGUCUCGGCCAGGCGAUCCCAAGCGCAAACCAGCUCCCUCCGGUUCCUCGACAAGAUCGCGAAUCGUCAUCCCUCUCACGUCCAAGCCCGCCGACUACGUCCCCGGCAGCGGCCCGCCCCUGCAGCCCAUCUCCCUCCUUCCUCCCGGCGACUCCACGGCGUACAUCAUCGAGCGCGUCCUGCUUCCGUCUCCGGGCCUUGCGCCAAACGGCCGCCCUCUGCCCAAGAGGAUGGCCUACUUGAUUGGAUGGCGCGAUCUUCCAGCCGCGAGCAAGGUCGUCCCGGCCAUGCAGGUGCUGGACUACGUCUCCCCCCGCACCCUCGAAGACUUUGAAGCGCGGCUGGAGCAGGAAUUGGACGACGAAAAGGGCAGGCUGGAAGCGGAGCUCAAGUCGGAUCUGGUGGCGCCACAGGCAAAGAAGAAGAAGAGGGGACGGCCGCCGGCGCACAGUCAGAUAGAGACUGCUGUUGUCGCCGAGCCAGAGACAGUCGCCCAGGCAAAGUCACGGCACAAAGCGGGAGUCAUGAGCCUCACGACGCCCAAGAAGGCCAGGCUGGAGGAGUUUGAGUGGCUGUCGGACGAGGAGGGAAGCCCGUCACGGCAGAUUGCGCAGGAGCAGUUCCAGAGCGUGCAUGGCUUCUUGCCUACUGAGGAUGACAUGUCUGAAGACUCAGAGAGUCCGCCGCCAAGCGGACCAUCGGCUCCUAUGCAAAAUGGUUCGCAAGCAGAUUCUAUACCGGCGAGGCUCGGACAGCCGUCCGCGGCGCCCAUACAACCAUCCACCUUGACCAGGUCCGAAUCAUCAGCAGAUUCAAGUAGCGGGAGCCAGACGCCAGCCAACAGAUCACCGAUGCCGACAUCAUCCAUCCAGCGAAACGACCAAGGCCAGCAGGUGCUGUCAUUGCCACCCGCGACACAGACUGAGACGGUACACCCCCAGAAUUUGCCAGUUAGCGAAGCGGGCAGCAUUGUGGAAAGUACCCUGACAAAGGCCAAGCCAAAGAACUCAAAAAAGAGACCCAGGCCUGAAGAGGACAGCCCACCUGCGCAGGCCGAAGGGGAAACAGACUGGGUGGUGGAGAGGAUAGAGGAUGUCGAGUACUACGAGGUGGAAGGCCGUGGCGUAGUGCGCUACUUCAAGGUCAGUUGGGAAGGCGACUGGCCGCCUGACCAAAAGAAGACGUGGGAGCCCGAGGAAAACAUCCCGCCGAACCUAGUGCGGAACUUUUUCAAGACAUCUAGGAAUAAACGGAAAAGCCUGGCCAAGUCAGGCCCAGGCAGCAAACAGAGCAGCGUCAAACAGACGGACGUCAAGAACGGCGUUUCCAAGAAGAGCUCUCACAAGCAAGGCCCCGUCAUGAAGCAAUCGAGAUUGUCCUGGCCCGGCGUCCGCAGAAAAUACAGCAGCGUUAGUGAGGCGUUUGCGGGGGAUCAAGACAAUCUCGAGAUGGUGGACGAAGCAUAUGACGGCAAGGAGGACGAGCUCAACGGUGACGGGCAGGACGAGUUCUUCGUCGUCACAGAAGGGGGCGAGGGCGAGAUGCCGAGCCAGAGCCUGUGGCCGACGACUGCCGGCGCUCUCUCGACUGCAUUUGGCGUAUAUCGGGGGUUUCCUUGA